AUGUCCAGUAUACACGUUGAUAGAUGUUGCAAUCCCUACAAUGUGGAAGGUCACAGAGGGAAAGAUCUUCGACGCAUUUCGAGUGUUAUCAAACGAUUAUUCCCAAAGUUUCCAGAUAAUGCUAAAAUUUGUGCAGCAUGUAGGAAAAUGAAAUAUCCUCGCAUGAAUGAAGAUACGCACGUCUCAUCGAGUCUUGAUAAAACGUUUGAUAAUUGUACUCAUGAUACUGAACAGAAUAUUUCUGUAUCUUCCGGUGCAUCUUCAUUAUCUUUCAGUGGAAUUGAAUACAACAUAAAAUCACAAAGAGAGAUUGAGUUGGAAGAUAUGUUGAGUGGAUUGAAAGAAAAAUUUUCCACUCUUGAAAUUAAUGAUCCUUUGAGAUUGACGAUUUUGACUGUAGUACCAGAUGCAUGGAGUCUAAGUCAAAUUUCUCGGGAAUUUAACUGUUCUAGGUAUUUUGCAAAAAAAGCUAGAGAAUUGAAAGCAUCUAAGGGCGUUUUAGCAGAAACAACUGCUAAGAAUGGUAAACCAUUGCCGGAAAGUACUGUUACACGAAUUAAAGAUUUUUACAAUAGUGACGAAAAUAGCAGAAUCAUGCCAGUAAAUGCCAUCCUGACUGUCCAUAAAUGUCCUGGUAUUAUUGAACUAAAAAAACAUUUGAAAGAACUCUUAGAUGAGAAAGGUAUUCACCACAUACAGUUCAGUGUCUGGACAACAACUGACAGAUCAACUCUUCAGACGCAAAUUCUUCCGUCGUCGGAAUUUGUUGAUGAAUUUUGUGACAAAUUGAUCAUUCUAAAACCUCAUUCUUUCAUUGCAAAAGAACAAUCUCGAUUCUAUCAGGAAAGAAAAGAGAAUUUAAAAAGAGGUGAAGUUCUUGCAGUAUUAGAUUUUUCUGAGAAUUACAAUACACUUCAUGACACAGCUGCUGUAUAUACUGUACAAAAGAUGCUGAUUCCUGAAUUGAAAAUAAUCAUUCCUGAGCUAAGAAGAGUAAUCUACUUUAGCGAUGGGGCAAAACAGCAUUUUAAAAAUAAAUAUCAGAUGAUGAAUCUAAUGCAUCACGAAGAGGAUUUUGGUGUUGCAGCGGAAUGGAACUAUCAUGCCACUGCACAUGGUAAAGGUGCUUCAGACAGUGUAGGUGCUGUGUUCAAAAGGGAAGCUAUGCGAGCUAGCCUCCUUAGUAAACCGAACAAUGCCAUUCUUUCAUUCGAGAAACUUGUUGACUGGGCUCAAAAAAAUUCUAAAAGUAUUAGUAUACUGUCAUAUAAUGACAAAGAGCACCAAAAGACAAAAAGAUUUUUGAAAAAACGAUUUGAUGUAGCUCCACCAGUUCCAGAGAUUCUGAGAAAUCACUGUUUCGUCCCAAUCAACAAAGAAAUGGUGAUUAAGAGAUAUUCCAAUGCUGUGACAAUGAGUGAAUUAGUUGAAAAUCAGCUUUCGACGCUACGCUUCGUAGCGAAAGCACUGGACAAUUUCAAGAAAAUUGGCCGGAAUAAUCUCACCUCCGCCAAGAUACGAAACCGAAUGACAUCACCCAAGGAAACGUGGAAUAAUUGCCUGGAAGGACAUCGCCUGUUGCUGCAACAUUAUCCGGAAUCAAAACGCGAUCUCAUCGCUUAUUUCCGAGACGAGCAACUGGAUCAAUACCAGGAAAUCUACUUGACAGCACUAGACUACAUGUCUGACUGUUUGGAGGAACUGGAACCGUGCGUGAGUCCGCUCCAAUCAAGCGACCGAUCUGUAUCUCAUAUACAGUCGGAAUCCGCGUUAUCAUUGAGACAUUUACCGCCAAUUCAAUUACCACCGUUCUCCGGUAAAGCCGACGAGUGGGAAACUUUUCGCGAUCGAUUCACUGCGUUAAUCAUAAAGAAUCCCGAAUUAUCCGAUUUCGCGCGCAUGCAUUUUUUGGUCUCAAGCUUGACCGAUAAAGCUCGCGAUGUUGUAGCGGGUACUUCUGUUACCGCUGAUAAUUUUGACGUCGCUUGGAAAGCAUUAACUUCUCGUUUUGAAAAUAAACGUAAACUUGUUGAACUUCACAUUGCUGAAUUAUACAAUUUACCUUCGGUUAACAAAGAAUGUGCCGCGGACUUGCACGCUUUACGAGAUAAAGCCGAUCGAGCGCUUUCAGCCUUAAAGCGGUUAAACCGAACCCAAGAGGAUAUACUUAAUGACAUUUUAGUCUAUUUUGUAUCGCUCAAGCUUGACUCCGCCACUCGUCGCGCAUGGAAACUCAAAACCGGAUCGGAAUCGACUCCGCCGAAUUACGAAGACUUGAUUACGUUUAUAUCAUCGCGUGCGCUCGCAUUAGAGGAAUUAGCUCCUUCCGCUGCGAACAAAGGUCGACAUACUGUUCAAGCGAACACUGCGACCUUCGCGCGUCAAUCUUCCGGUCCGUGUCCAGUCUGUAAGACACCGCAUUAUCUUAGUAGGUGUCAACAAUUUGUAAUUAAGAGUCCGAAUCAGAGACGCGAAAUUGUCAAGAAUUCAAAUCUAUGCUUCAAUUGUCUCGGAACGAAACAUUCCGUAAAAAACUGCCAAAGUAAAAAUACAUGUCGCAUUUGUCAAAAAAGGCAUCAUUCUCUCUUGCAUCUUGAUUCGGCCUCUUCAAGCGAUCUAGACGUUACACGAGCGAACACGUCUAGCACCAGCGCAACUAUUGAUAAUCUCGAGCCAUCGCAAACCGUCGCGAUGUCCGCCGUAUGUUCAAGUACGCCCGUGUCAUCCGUAUUACUGGCCACAGCGAAAGUAACAGUUCGGUCUCCCGACGGUCGCGUCUGUGAAGCUCGCGCCCUGAUCGAUCAAGGGUCAGAGGUCACUUUUAUUUCAGCAAGAUUAGCAAGAAUCUUGCGGUUAACUCGGAAACGAAUUUUCGCUCAAAUUUCCGCAGUCGGCGGUAUCAAUGCGGAUACAUGUCGACAUUCCGCUGUCAUUGAACUCGCACCUCGCGGAAAGCCUAAGCCAGUUUUCACUACGGUCGCGUAUAUUCUAAAUGCGCUUACUAAAUACGCGCCGCGAUUAUCAGUCUCAGUAUCGGAUUGGAGACAUAUAAGUACACUCAAGUUAGCAGACGACGAUCCCACAGGAUCAAGCCCUAUUGACGUAAUCAUCGGCGCCGACAUUUACAGUCAAAUCAUUACGAAUGGAAUACGGAAAGGUCCAAUCGGGCAACCUAUCGCCCAGCGAUCUCAUUUUGAAUGGAUUAUCUCUGGACUCGCUCAGAAUCCAAACGUUUUGGCUCAAACGAUUAACGUCUUUCAUUGCUCAAUCGAGCGUGAGUUACGCCGUUUUUGGGAAAUCGAAGAGAUCCCACGCUAUAACAUUUUGUCUCCUGCCGAAGAACAAUGUGAGAAACAUUUUCUUACGACUCACUCACGAAUUUCCGACGGGCGUUACGUGGUUCGUCUGCCGUUUAAGACGAAGUUCCCUAUCGACAUCGGAGAGUCUAGAUCAAUAGCUAUACGGAGACUAACAGCAUUAAAAAGGCGUCUAGAUACGAAUCCAGAUCUCAAAUCGGAAUAUUCAGCGUUUCUUGAAGAAUACGAGCAGUUAAAACACAUGAAAAGAGUGCAUCCUCCAACCGCAUCUCAUUCACCGGCGGUUUAUCUUCCGCAUCAUCCUGUGAUCCGCGCAACGAGCGCUACCACUAGACUGCGCGUCGUGUUCAACGCGUCCAGCCUCACAACAAACGGUACAUCGUUAAAUUCACAUUUAGAGAUCGGGCCUAAAUUACAAACGGAAAUAACGGCGAUCUUAUUACGAUGGCGGAAACAUAAGUAUGUUUACAUGGCGGAUAUUGCCAAGAUGUACCGACAGAUUUUGGAUCAAUCGGACAUUCAGGAUUAUCAAUUGUCCACUGUUACGUAUGGAACCGCGUCAGCUCCGUUCCUGGCUUUACGAGUGAUCAAGCAAUUGAUAACAGACGAAGGAGCCGCAUUUCCCCUUGCAACUCCGAUUCUUCAAGAUGAUAUUUACGUUGAUGACGUUCUUUUCGGAGCCAAUGACCUAUCAGUGCUGCGUCAAGUCCGCGAACAACUCUGCUCUCUGCUGUUUCGCGGCAGAUUUACUUUACGAAAAUGGGCCAGCAACAACUCCGCAUUACUAGCAGACAUUCCGGAAGAAUGUCACGGACUCGCCGGAAACAGAUGGCUAACUUUCGAAGAAAAUUUCAGUGUUCUGGGAUUAACAUGGAAUCCCGCCUAUGACACUUUUCAAUUUCGCGUGGAUCUCUCACCGACACUUCCAGAUACGAAAAGGAAGAUACUAUCAACGAUCGCUCGAUUAUUCGAUCCAUUAGGAUGGGUCACCCCCGUUACGAUCAACGCGAAAAUCUUCAUGCAACAUUUGUGGAGAUUAAAAUUAAACUGGGACGACGCCAUUCCGUCACAAACACUUCAGCGCUGGGAAUCAAUAUACCACAACCUAUCGGCCUUAAAUAAUUUACAGAUUCCUAGAUGGACAUGUCAAGAUGAUAAUACUGCUUUAUGCGAGUUACACGGAUUUGCAGAUGCAUCUAACGCGGCAUACGCCGCCGCAGUUUAUAUGCAUACGACCUCGCAAUCAGGAGAGAUAAAGAUCACAUUAUUAGCGGGCAAGUCGAAAGUCGCGCCACUCAAGAUCACAAGCAUCCCUCGACUGGAAUUACAAGCAGCAUGCCUUCUUGCUUGGUUGAUCGAGUUCACGCAAUCCUCACUCCAGAUGUCAAACGUCGCGUGUCAUUGUUGGACGGACUCUACAGUAGUAUUGGCAUGGUUAAACUCACAUCCGUCCAGAUGGAAAACUUUCGUCUCUCAUCGAGUCGCAGAUAUCCAAUCUCGAGUACCUGAAGUUAAAUGGCGGUACAUUCCAUCCGCGGAUAACCCAGCCGAUUGUGCUUCGAGAGGUAUUCUACAUUCCGAUUUCAACGCCUUUAACUUGUGGUGGCACGGUCCUCCCUGGCUCAAACUAACUCAGACCAAAUGGCCAAGAGAUCCCGCUCCUCCGCUGGAAGAAGCGCCUGAGAAAAAUCGGAAACUUAUAGUACACGUAGCUCAAACAAAUUCUGGCUGGGAUUUAGCCACAAGAUACUCCACGUGGCCGAAGCUAAUCAGAAUUACAGCAUAUACUAUCCGCUUCGCAACCAGAUGCCGAAAGAGAGAUCAAACUUCAACUGACUCAGAGGUGCAAAGCCAAUCUUUGACGGCAAGUGAAAUUCAGACCGCACGCAAAUUUUGGAUUAGAUCAAUCCAGUCAGACGUUUUCAGUGACGAAUUGGACGCUCUCAAGAAACAGCAAUCACUUCCAUCAAAAUCAGCGUUAGCUAUGCUUCGACCUUUCCUGGAUGAAGAUCAUUUAAUAAGAAUCGGCGGUCGUCUAAAACAUUCCAAUCUUUCAUUCGCUACGAAGCAUCCGAUACUUCUAGCUCCGCAUCCAUUAGUCAAACUUAUCAUCAGACACACUCAUAUUCGAGCAUUACACGCAGGCGUUCAAUUGACAUUAGCAACAAUACGCCAAGACUACUGGAUUCUCCAAGCGCGAACUCAGGUCAAGCAAAUCAUACAUCAAUGCGUUACAUGCGCCCGAGAAAGAGCAGAAGUUCCGACACAGCUAAUGGGCGACCUUCCACAAGCUCGAAUCUCCACACCCGCUCGAGCUUUCAGCCAUUCUGGAGUGGACUACGCGGGCCCCAUUUUUACUCGCGCAUCCGCAGGUCGCGGCAUUACGUCCCGAAAGGGUUACAUUGUGUUGUUUGUCUGCUUGGCCUCCAGAGCAAUUCAUUUGGAGUUAGCCAGUAAUUACUCCACCGAAGCGUUUCUCAACGCCUUUUCUCGGUUUUGUGCUCGCCGAGGUUUACCUUCCACAAUGUACUCUGAUAACGGUACGACGUUCGCAGGAGCCGACGCUAAAUUGACAAAAGCUUAUCAGAGCGCAAUGCGCAACCCCGAGUUCCAGAGCAAAAUUGCCACCGAUAACAUUAGCUGGCAGUUCAUUCCUCCCCAUGCUCCGCAUUUCGGCGGUCUUUGGGAGGCCGGAGUUCGCAGUGUCAAGCAUCAUCUUAGACGAAUUUUGGGCCCUCACACUCUCACGUAUGAGGAAUUUUCUACUCUGUUAUGCCGCAUCGAGGCUUGCCUCAAUUCUCGGCCCAUCGGUCCGCUUACAGAUACUUUCGACGAUUAUAACCCCCUUACACCGGGGCAUUUCUUAAUCGGAUCUCCCAUCACGGUGAAUCCCGAACCGUCCAUUCUCUCCGUAAAUGAAAGUCGACUCUCGCGGUGGCAAUUAAUUCGUCAAUUGACAGAGCAGUUUUGGAAAAUCUGGCAGAGCGAUUACGUCAAUACUUUACAACAGCGAGUUAAAUGGAAGCAAGUACAACCGUCUGUGAAGCCUGGCUUAAUGAUAUUAAUUCGUAAUCCGUUGCUUCCGCCGUGCAAAUGGGAGCUAGGUCGGAUCACACAAUGUCAUCUCGGAUCCGACGGAUACGUUCGCGUCGUUACCGUGCGCACCGCUCAUUCUGAAUAUAAACGGCCGAUAGUUAAGCUAUGCGUACUACCCAUCGAUAUCGAGUCUUCGACUAACGGUUCUCCGAGCGAUAAUUGA